AUGCCAGAUCCUCCUCAGCGGUAUAAACUACAACUUACGGACUUCUGGGCCAACGAGUACAGGAGCAAAUACAACUCGGAGCCCAAAUAUCAUUACAAGGAUGUGAUGUUCGGAUUGGAAGACGAUGAAGUCGUCGUUGCUGGCAUUUUGUUAGGCAGUGAUCUUGUCCCACAUUGGCAGUUCCGCAACUUGUUCCAGGGAGACAAUCGCAAUAUGAUGGAUACAUCUUCCAAUGCCAAGGCUACCGUUGUGGGACAUCUGGAUGGCAACUUGGUAUUUCUGAUUGUGCUUGUGCCCUACAAGGAUAGCGUCUCGUUCCAGGGACCGAAUUUUACAGGUGGCCAGAAUAGUAAUGAGAAAAUGAAUAAAUAA